AAAAUAUAUUUGGUUUUUGUAUUACACGGUUCAUAUUUAUUAAUAUGCCAACUGUUGUUUAGAUGCUCAUGACUCAAAUAACAUUACUUUAACAAAUUAUCAACGUAGCUUGUUAUGAGAUGCACAAACGUGCUAAGACUUUUCGAACUGUUAUCGGCAGAUAUGCUGAAAUUAGACAAACUGGAGCUGGCUCUAAUAAAGCGAGAGUUGAACCAAAAAAUCAAGGUUCUGAAACAGGAAAACGACAUAUUAAAUGGCAUGCAGGAGAGAUUCCAGAACGACUUCACUGCCUUAAAAACUCUCGAGAGUAAAGGACUUCCCUUCAAAGGUUUGGUACCGCUCACCAAUAGGGUCAUGAUACCCGGGAGGGUCGAAGAAGUGGAGUUGCUGUACCACGCUGGCGAAGGGUACUUCGUCACGAAAUCCCUUCCACGGGCGUUGAAAAUGUCGGAGGAAUCAUGGAGGAAUCUGCAGAAGAAAUCUUACAGGAACCAGUUGGUGACGAUCCUUAUCGAGUCCAUCUGUAGUUUUGCCAAACAGAUAAUAUUCAUCAGACGUAGGAUGGAAUUCGACGGGAUAUCCAACGAGAAGAAAUCGGAAGUGGAGGAGAAUUUGUUGAAGAUGUACAAGGAAACCAUAUCUGUUUUUAAUGGAGACGUUCCUGAAAAGUUCUUUGAUGAUAUGUAGCGAAUUUUAGUAAUUAUAAUUUAUUAUUUCUCAAACAGUUAUAUUCCCGUAUUAAGUUUGUUGUGCGUUUUCCAAGGUCGAUGAUUUUCAAGGAUGAGCGGAAUUAAAAAUUCGGCCUUCUUAUGUUUUAUACUGCUCAAUCAUACAUACAUAACUUAAAAGUAAAUAUCUUCAUUUAUCUAAACAUAUAAUCACAAUUUACUUA